GGAACUGUCAGUUUGCGAAGACUCCCCUCUGCAAAUGCUAUGGCCAGGUGCCUAACAACAGAAACUUAUUUAGCCAGAAUUCUGGAGGGUAAAUGUCAAGGGGUUGGCCAGUGUAGGCCAACAGGACGAGGACCUAAGGGCUCAGGUCUGCACCACAGGACUCUGGGGCAGGGAAAAUGACUCAGCCCUAAGACACAGCGCUGAUAAUCAAUCCUGGGUACAGAGUGGGUAAUGGGAUUUCUUAAUACCUUCCAUGAUUUCUAACUGAAGCUCGAGGUCAAGAACCACUUCUCUAGGUUCUCUUCAAGGUCAUUUCUAGUUAAGUUGUAGACAUACAUAGUGAUUUCUUCUACCACUGUGCAAAACUAACUCCCCAACGAAAAAUGGAAGCAUCCUGCUAUUAUCUGUGCAUGUUAAAGAAAAUACAGAGGCACACCGUCCCCCGAGCCCUGCGAUGACAGCCACACAGCCAUCCGUACAGCUCGCUGUGGGGCUUUUGCUUGGAUGAUGUUCCCCCCAUCGGCAUAGGCACCAUCGGCAGGGAAGCCCUUUAUUUGGAAACAGCAGAAGCUACUUGAAAUUACUAGUGCUCUUCUGGUUUUCACUUUCAAAAAUGACAGUUUUAUAUUAUUAUGCCUAAUAAUUGUUAUUAUUUUUGGUGUAGGUACAAAUAAAAGAGCAUGCACCUUACAGUAUUUUGUCAUCUAAACUAUGAGAUAUAGAGGGAUUAUCUUGAAAUUACUAAUGAAGACACUGAGGCUUAGACAAGAUGAGUGAAUUUCCCCAGGAUAUGAAGCAGUAAAGUGGCAAAUCGGAGGUUGGAGCCUCAGUCUCCCAGGGCCAUCAGUGCCUCUUAGCCUCAUGGCUUACCUGGAGACAUAAGACUGCUUAGGCAGGAAGUGACUGUAAAUUCAAGCCCCGCCUGGGCAACUUAGUUGACAUAAGGCUGUCAAAUAAAAUGCAACUUUAAAGGGCUGGGGGCUUCAGUGCAAAGAUUCUGGUUUCAGUCACCAGUACCACACAGAGAGAAAGAGACAGAGAGAGAAAAUAAAACAAGCUUUAAGUCAAAAUCACAUGGGAAAGCAAACAGUUGAGAGGCAUCGGGGUUUGCUGAUAGAAUCAGCUCUUCUUUCCCAAUCUGAGCAUAAUGGGAGGAAAGCAAGAGAGUUUGUAAUGAAAACCUACCACCACCUUCAUCUGAAACCCUCAUUUUCGUGAGUCCUGCCUGCUAUUGUUGUUUUCUUCUGGUCUGGUCUGGUUUGUUCUAUUCUGUUCUGCGGAACGUGAGAGCAUUGAGGACCUUUUCGGAUGACCUCGUUUGCCGGUUCCAGCCUGCAGCAGGAGCAGCUGUACAGGACGCACCGGGGCCACGAGUCCAUGCACAUAGAGAUGGCCUUGACCUUCUUCUGCACCCUGGUCAUCGCUCAGGUGGUGCUGGUGCUGUGGCGACAGAGGCAUGGCCGCUCCUACAAUCUGGUGACCUUGCUGCAGAUGUGGGUCGUCCCUUUGUAUUUCACCAUAAAGCUUCACUGGUGGCGGUUCCUGUCUAUGUGGGCAAUGUUCUCAGUCAUCACCACUUACAUCCUCUUCAGAGCCACCCGAAAACCUCCCUCAGGAAGGACGCCGCGACUGGUCUACAAAUGGUUUCUCCUAAUCUACAAGCUCAGCUACGCAUUUGGUGUUGUGGGUUAUUUGGCUCUCAUGUUUACAGUGUGUGGAUUCAAUAUAUUUUUCAAAAUCAAGGGCAGAGAUUCCAUGGACCUGGGCAUUGUGUCCUUGUUUUAUGGCCUCUACUAUGGGGUGAUGGGGAGAGACUUUGCAGAAAUCUGCUCCGAUUACAUGGCUUCUACCAUCGGGUUCUACAGCGUCAGCGGGAUGCCCACCCGGAGCUUGUCUGAAGACAUCUGCGCUGUCUGUGGGCAGAAGAUCAUCGUGGGGCUCGCUGAGGAAGGGCUUAUUGAGAACACCUACCAGCUCUCUUGUAGCCACGUCUUUCAUGAAUUCUGCAUUCGAGGUUGGUGCAUCAUUGGUAAAAAGCAGACUUGCCCUUACUGCAAAGAGAAGGUCGACUUGAAGAGGAUGAUCAGUAACCCCUGGGAGCGCACACAUUUUUUGUAUGGGCAAAUCCUGGACUGGCUUCGUUAUCUGGUGGCCUGGCAACCUGUGAUAAUAGGAAUAGUCCAAGGCAUUAACUACUCACUGGGGUUAGAAUAGUACCGCCAACCCAGGAGCAAUGUAUUGCGUG